GCCAUAGAGAGGACCAUGACUUCCAGAGGCAUCAGCAGUGGAGACCACAGAUCCGAUCUCAGGAUGGCCGGGAUGUGUUGCCAAGCCCACGUGCCAUGACAGAGAAGCCGUUCUGGGCACACAUUUGAUGAGAACCCCACCUUACACGUCAGACCCACAGUCCCCAUCCCCUUCUAUGAGGACACCGAAACCUUAUCAUGCACAAUGAAUGACCCUAUGACGUCAUGUAGAGGAAACUUCUACUUUUCAGGGGAAAAGUAAUCAUCGUUCAUAGCACACAUCCUGCUGGGAUGUCUGAUCCUAGCCCCAUGCAUUGUGUUUGAGCUGUUUUGCAAUGCUUGGGAAGUCCAGGGUAACGAUAGACUUGUAAAUUCUCUCCUGUCUGGUAGCGAAUUGAUUGGCUGCCUCCCCUCGCCUGGAAACAUCAGUUUUGUCUCUAUUUGCAAUUCAUCUCACUAUUGCUUUACUGCAUAUAAAUUUGUGCCCUUUUCUUUUUUCCCUCGAACCAGUUACAACAUCUGUCUCAUUCCCUCCUAUCAUCUGAGUAAAACAAAAUCCUUCACGUGCUCCUUUUUAUACCAGGCAGUCCAUAGCCACUGUGUACUGUGCCCACCGUGGCCUUGGCCCAGGACACACAGGCUGCUGUGCCACGAAGGUCUGGCGGGAGUCCAGCCUUCCACAUGCAGCACGCUCGGGCCUCUCUUGGCUGCCACCCCCUUUCUGCAGGAGAAUAACCUUGCAGGAUCACUCCAGAGAGUGAGUCUCCUGGCUGUAAACACUUCUUCUGGAAAGUGGAUGUCAAUAAAAGGUUGAGAGACAAGGCUGCUUUGGAAUGGCCGGGAUUUUCCGUGGUCUCUGCGUCCUCAGAGGACAGCCCAGGCGUGUUCUCUCUCUGUAGGCUGACAAACAGCUCCGAUGGCUAACGAAGCUCACCCUUGCCCGUGUGACAUCGGCCAUAAGAUAGAGUAUGGAGGGAUGGGCCGUGAAGUUCAAGUCGAGCACAUCAAGGCCUAUGUCACCAGAUCUCCCGUUGAUGCGGGCAAGGCCGUGAUCGUCAUUCAAGACAUAUUCGGCUGGCAAUUGCCCAAUACCAAGUAUAUGGCUGACAUGAUUGCAGGAAAUGGAUACACAACCAUCGUUCCAGACUUCUUUGUAGGGCAAGAGCCGUGGCACCCCUCUGGGGACUGGUCCACUUUCCCUGAGUGGUUGAAAACAAAAAAUGCCAGAAAGAUCGAUAAAGAGGUUGAUGCUGUCUUGAGAUAUCUGAAACAACAGUGUCACGCGCAGAAAAUUGGCGUCGUGGGAUUCUGCUGGGGUGGAGUUGCUGUCCAUCACUUGAUGAUGAAAUACCCAGAAUUCAGGGCAGGGGUGUCCGUCUACGGCAUCAUCAAGGAUUCCGAGGACGUGCACAGCUUGAAGAACCCCACGCUGUUCAUUUUUGCUGAAAACGAUGCUGUGAUUCCUCUUGAACAAGUCUCUUUGCUGACCCAGAAGUUGAAAGAACACUGCAAAGUGGAAUAUCAAAUUAAAACGUUUUCCGGGCAAACUCAUGGGUUCGUGCACCGAAAGAGAGAAGAUUGUUCUCCUGAAGACAAGCCCUAUAUUGACGAGGCAAGAAGGAAUUUACUUGAGUGGCUGAACAAGUAUGUUUAG